UGUUGCUGUGAAAACACAGUGCAGCAUCAAAAAGAUGUACUUACGAAUAUCCCUUUGUCUACUACAGUUUUAAUAUACAAUUUUAUAACCAGAUGAGACAUCUUUAAAACGAAAUAGCGGGUGACAUCCAUGUGACAGAUGAUGUAUUAUUUAUAUUUCUCAUCUGUGUUUACCAUACUGUUGAUUAUCUUACCAAAGGACUUCACAUGUUAUCCUGGAGAGGAAAGAUAUGAUAUGGGUAGAUUAGAAGGAGAUGUACAAAACUGGGCUCAACUGAUAGAAAACUACAUUUUGCAGCUAGCUAAUGAUGGGAUCUGUAGAGAUUUCUCCCAGGGUUACUUGGAUAAUGCUACAUACACCUUUGAACAGAAAAAUGGAAAAGAAAUUGUCAAACAAGUGAAAGAAAAGCUGAGUGAUUACUUCAAUAAAAAGGAAAGAGCUGCACAGAGACUUGCAGUAGAAGUAGGAGAAUUGUAUGACACGUUUUUGUCAGAGAACAGAAGUUUACAAUUGAAAUCUUUGUCAGCAUUAAAUGAGACUUUCUAUGUAGACUCUGAUAUCCCAGAAAAAUUACCCAAAGAUCGCAAGUUUAUCCCGUAUUUCAAGCAAGAGGUCAUCUGGAACCAUUCUACAAUCAAAAUUGCUGAUGAAGUACCCAGAGAUGAUAAUAUUGUUAUAAACAAUGUCUAUUUUACUGCUGCAUUGGAACAGAUGUUUAAACAAAAUCAGGCUGAAGAUUCUUCUCUCAGAUGGCAGUACUUUGGAUCAACAGCAGGCAUUGUAAGAAUUUAUCCAGGAAGAGAAUGGUCUACAAAUUUUGCUGGAUUUUACAAUGAUUAUGAUCCUAGAGUUAGACCUUGGUAUAUUGCUGCUACAAGUGGACCAAAAGAUGUUGUCAUUAUCUUAGAUUGUAGUCUGUCAAUGGAUGGUGAAAAAUUCAGUAUAGCUAAAGGUGUAGCCAAAACAGUGAUUAACACAUUGACAAAACAGGACUAUGUCAGUGUUAUAUGUGCGAGAGACUCAUACUGGGAUGAUGUUGGCAAGUGGCAUGCCUAUUCUACAGAUGUUCUCAGCUGCCGUGAAGAAAAGUUGGUGCCUGCUACUAAUGCUCAUCGUAAGGAUAUCAUAGAAAAGAUUCAGAAGCUUAAAGCAGGUGGCACAAGUGAACUUGAAAAGGGAUUUACUAUUGGGUAUGACCUACUUACUCGAAGUCCCAGGACAGGAUGUCAGUCUAUUAUUGUAUUUGUCACUGAUGGUAAAGAUACAGAUGCUGAAAGUGUUAGAUGUGGACCUGGUUACUAUACAAGAAGUGGAUUUGUACCUGGACCUGUAUGUAAAUAUAACUGGACACUAGUAUGGGAUGUAGCUGAAGAAAAACAGAAGUACCUCAACCCACAGGCAAGAUUAUUUAGUUAUUUAAUUAAAGAUGAUGCUGAAGAGUUUCCAGGCAAGUUGGCUUGUGGGCAUAGAGGCAGCUUUACCAAACUAACCACUGGUGAAAAUUUAAUCUCACAGAUGAAUAAUUAUUUUGAUUUCUUGUCAUCUAAUGCCAGAAGCACAGAACCUUUGUGGACAUCACCUUAUUUAGAUGCCUGGGGCCUUGGUUUGAUGGUGACAUAUGCUGUCCCAGUCAUAAGCAAUCUAGACUCAGAUAGCAAGACAAUAGGAGUAGUUGGAGUAGAUGCUACACUGGAUGAGAUUGAGAACUUUCUGAAGAAACAUCAGUGGGGAAAUGUUAUUUCCUUCUUAAUAAAUGAUCAAGGGGAGACAAUUUAUCAUCCAAAACUGAAGCCAAGUACAAAUCUUCUAGAGGACCCUAUAUUUAUACCAGUUUCCCAGUUGGAGAUGGACAGUAAAGGUAAAUUUUCCGAAGUCCUUAAGAACAUGAUGAUUGGAAGAGAAGGAAUGGUAGAAAUAGAAAAAGCAAAGGACGGAAGAAAAAGGACUUACUACUAUGCUGCACUGAAUGAAUCAGAAUAUUCCUUUGCCUACAGUUUAGCUGACACUGACAUGUUUGUCAGGAGAUCUCAGGAGCCCGAAGACAGAUCCAAAUAUCCAAAGAGCUAUUAUAACCUUCUUCAGGAAUAUAAAAACUUGAUGAAAGAGUUGCCUGAUGCAGUAAAAAAUCUAGAUAUCCGGGAAAAUGAACAACGGUACCCAGGACUAACAAUUACCUACAAACAUUCUACCAUUUUUCUUCCUCCCAAAAGUCAUUGUGAUCCAACACAAUAUAUAUAUGAUGAUAAUCUGGCUAAAAAGACUUUAACAGCACAUAGAUGGAUUAACAGUUUUGAAACAGAUCGAGGAUGUGAAGCUGGACAGAAAUUUCAUAAAGGGAUUAGAGCUGAUGUUUUGAUUACACAACCAAUAGAAGAAAUGUGGAAAAAGAGAGCAUUUGAGUCCCUUGAUCAAGUAAAAUGGACAAAUAUUGGUCUAAGAAGCGGAGUAUUUAGAACAUAUCCAGGUCAUAGGUCAACCAGAGCAUAUGAUCCAACUCAAAGACCAUGGUACAAAAGAACCAGCAGUGCCCCAUGGAAAACAUCUAUAUCUACACCCUAUAUGGAUGCUGCAGGAGUUGGUAAAAUCAACACUAUAUCUCAGGCUGUUUUUGAAGGGAUGCCAAUGAUAAGUAAUGAUGAAUGUGCUAAUGCAUCACAGAAUGGAGUACCACUACCUGGUGGAUGUAGAUGUGAUCUGGAUACUGAUUGUAGUAGCAGAAAGUGUUAUCUGAGUAAAGCUACCAAAUUGUCUGAUCAUAGACGUUGUGCCACUGUUAGAGUAGAAGGUGUUACAGGCCUUGAUAUUUUAUAUGAUGAUUUCCAUAAUAAGAUCAUGGAGAGUAUGCAGGCUAGUAAUUUCAACAAAUCUUGUGGUCAGAUUUAUGACUGUCCUGAUAAAGAACCAGGCUGUACAACAAGAUGUUACCUGUUUGAUAGUAAAGCAAACUUGGUUGUUGAUCCUGAUUUCAUUACGGCUAGUAACUUAGACAAGAGUAAAUAUGCAGGUGUGCAACUUGGGAAGAAAGAAGGGGAGGUUAUGAAAGAUCUCAUUUACAAACAUAAAUUCUUUAUCAGAAAGGAAGCUUUAGAAUUCCAGGGCACAUGUAGAAUUACUCCAGUCGAACCAAAGGUAACAUUGGAAGGAAUACCAAAGAAUCCUGCAGAGAAAGAUGAUUAUUUCAAAAACAAAGGUCCAAUUCCUCAGUUUAGUAGUGAGUUUGGUUGUAUCCAGGAUGUUGUCAGCUUCAGUGCUAAUGAUACAGCACUAGGACGAGGUAUGUUGACAGGGAAUGUUUCUGGACCAUGUAUGUCAGGAUUCUACUAUGUAACAUCUUUACCAAGGACCAAUCUUUAUCUGUUAGUCAUAGAGGACUGGAACAAUUACAGAGAGACUUUGUUUUAUAACUUUAAUUGUAGAAUCACAAGAAGUAUUGUGAAUUCUGGUGCUCACAGAAUUAUAAAUGGUACCUGUGCUCAUGAGGACCAUUCCACCAGUACACUGGCUGCUGAGGAAAAAUGUCCAGUACUCCGUGACCUUGACCUGAAAUGUGCUUAUACACAUGGAAAUAUCUGUCAAAUAUCAAUGUAUUUACUGUUUUCUGUACUAACAGUGUCUUUAACACUUGUAUUUUAUUAGGCACAAUAGUAUUUUAUAUGUUUAUGAUAUUGUUCAACACAUCGAAAAAUUAAAUGAUCAGUUGUUCAAAUAGUUUAAGCAUUUAGUUGUACUAAUUGAAAGCUCAUCGUGGUGAUUGCUCAACAGUGAAAGAUAAACUGAAUGCUAUAAAUAGUUGUAACAAUUAUUUUUCUCAAUAAAAAAAGGACAUUAGCUGUUAAUCUGAAAAAAAGGGUAUUAUUUAAAAUUUCAGAAUCUUUCUCCAAAUUUUAUAGUUAUUUUAUAAAAGACAAUCAGUUUAAUAUUAGAAAUAAAUAUCAAAGUUUUAAUUGGUAAUCAUUAACAAUAAUAAUUCCUAAAGUUUUUCACAUUAUAUAUUUUUCGUGAAGACUACACAAGACAUUCAAAUAAUUCUAAUUACUGCUUCCCUUCAUAAAUGUAAUUGCUGUAAUACAUAAUUUUUUCAUAACAUUUUACAGCUUUUAUAUCUUUAUAUUUUCACCAUGAUGCCAUGAAAUGUAAUUGGAUGUUCUGCAUUUAUCAUUCUUAUCCUAAAAUAAGGUCAAAUUCCUGAUAAACUCCCUUCUAAAUUAUUGAAAUCUAUAAAUUUUAAUUAACCAUAGUAUCAUGGUGUCAAUAAGAUAUACAUCACCAGGCUGACACCCUCAUGGUAAUGUUUAAUACAUAUCCAGAAUAUAUAAUUCCAGAAAUCAUUUGUGAUUAUUUAUAGCUUAAGUAAAGAAUUAACUUUAUAUUUUGUUAAAAUCCUUUGAGAACCAUGAUGUAUACCAUCAGCAUUCAAGCUAAAUGUUUACAUUUUAUAUAUACCACAUGUAUGCAUAUUGUCAAGAUUUUGAUUUUUGGAACAUUGACUGAUUUUGGGGUUUGAAUUUUAAAUUCAUAUGAAAAAUUAGUUACAUUGUAGAACUGUUUUGAGAUUCAUAUGUAUCUUACAGAUAUAGCAAAUGUAAAACUAACAAAUCACCGAAUUCUUUCGUGUUAUAUUGCUGUGAAGGGCAUGCAUCAGUCUAGUUUGUUGUGUAGUAUUUUAUUGAUAUACUUUUUACUAAUUUUUUCAUAUUUUAAAAUUAUCAUAUAUUGUUUUCCAAUAUGUGAUAUAUGUAUUGUGUUUUAUACAUUGUUGUUUUACAUAGUUAUUUAUUUUUGUUUUAUUUUAUCUGUGUUAAUAAUAUUUUUGUAUUUUUAUAGUGUUACUUAUAUCAUUUGUAAUUUGAUAAAAAGAAUUUUGUUAUCUUCAAAAACAAAUAGUACUUAACUUUUUUUCUAGUCCCACAUUUAGUCAUUGAAGAUUAUAAUUAGAUCUUUUGAUCUUGCAUUCCA